UGUUUCCACCAGAGCAGAGGGAGUCAUAGGAGUUCCUGGUUCUUGCUUCAACAGUGUUUGAACGGAACAGGAGUGAGCUGUGCAUGAGCUACCAUACCUGCCCUUAUCCCUAGAACCUCAUCUUACCACCUGAGAAAGCAGCUACUAAUACUACAAUCACCAGCAUCAUCAUGAGCUCCCAGAUCCGCCAAAACUACCACCAGGAUAGUGAGGCUGGAGUCAACCGUAUUGUCAACCUUGAGCUACAGGCUUCCUAUAUGUACCUGUCCUUGGGAUUCUACUUUGACCGGGAUGAUGUGGCCUUGGCCAAGUUUUCAAAGUUCUUCCGUGAGCAGUCUGAGGAAAAGCGAGAACAAGCGGAGAAAUUUAUGAAGUUCCAGAACAAACGUGGAGGACGGGUAGUUCUUCAAGAUAUCAAGAAACCUGAAGCUGAUGAAUGGGGGAAUGGCACCAGUUCUAUGGAGUAUGCUUUGAAACUUGAAAAGGGUGUAAAUCUGGCUCUAAUGGAACUCCACAAGAUUGCUACCGACCAUGCUGAUCCUCAUAUGUGUGACUUCCUGGAGAGAGAAUAUCUAGAUGAGGAAGUGAAAUUGAUCAAGAAACUAGGAGACCACAUAACCAACCUGAAGCGUGUAAAAGCAGCAGAGGUUGGCAUGGGAGAGUACCUGUUUGACAAGCUGACCUUGGGAGAUGACAGCAACUAAUGUCCUUUUUUCUCUAUAGCUGCCAAUCAAAGGGAAAGGAUUGGGUCUCUGGGAUGAGUACUUUUCAUGCUCUGAAAUGUCAAAUAAACUUAUGUGCAGCAAAACAA